UUUAACUCUCCUCCUCGCCCUCUGUCCCUUUCCUUUCUCCGUCCCUCUCUGUUUCUUUCUCAAGUCACAGGAGAAUAGAGAAAGGAGGCGUCGAAGAGAACAGAGAAAGGAGGCGUCUUACUUGUUUGCUAUCUGAAUCUGUUUUCCUUCAACGCUUUCUUUUGGUGCACUCUUCUAAUUCAUCUCUCCAAUCUCAUGGCAAAGCCUACUACAAACAAGAACCAUGGCAUUAACGAUCUGUCGGAUGCUGCUCUUCUGCAUAUCCUAUCCUUCUUACCCACCAAAAACGCGGCGCAGACCAGCCUCCUAUCAAAAAGGUGGAGAUACUUGUGGAUCCGCGUCCCCGUGCUCGAUAUCGAUUGCAGUAACUUAGUAUGCAGCAGUGACUUGUAUGCUGCAUUGCAGCACCGCAAGCACUCACCCAUUAGAAAGUUGCGACUUCAAUUCCACGGAACAAACCACUGUUUUCGCCACUUCAGCGAAUUCAAGGAUUGGAUAUAUUUCUCCAUGCGCCGAGGGCUUGAAGAGUUUUAUCUAGAUGGCGCUGUUGAUCAUCCUACCGCUUGCCUCAGCAGUGAUCAUCGUCCUUCGAUAGACAAACACCUUUUGCCGAUAGGCCUCAUGACCUACAAGAAUCUUCGUGUGUUGAGUUUGAAAGAUUGCAGUAUUAAUGCUUGUGUUCGCAUGGAUUUUGGGUGUUUGGAAACACUUCGACUGAGUCGUCCUCGUGUGAAACCGCAGGUGCUUCAACAACUGAUCGAUAGCUGCCCUCUUCUUAGGAGUUUUGUAUUAGAAUUUUAUGAGCAUCUGAAAAACCUCGAGCUUCGUUGCCAAAAUCUCAAAAGCAUGAAGCUGAUAUGUUUUCAUAGUCGAUGGUCGCGAAUCGAAUUUGACAUGCCCAAUCUGCAGUCUUUCUAUUACAAAGGAUACCUACCAGAGCAGGUUUUUUCAUUAACAAACCCAGUGAAUCUGAUUGAUGCUGAGAUUUGCUUCUGCAAAGGUCUUAAUAUUUAUACGGAUAUCAGCUUCAGGAAUUUUAUCAGUAAGUUUGGCCAGGCAAAGUUCUUAAGGUUGAUAACUCCGAAAAUUGAGGAAUUUGUAAUUUCUAAGAAUUUAUCAGAAGGUCUUCCACCAUUUUUUCAAAGACUCAAGCAAUUGGAGCUGAAAGGGAGUAUGACAAGUACACACACAAUCUUUGCAAUAGCUAAUUUCCUUGAAUUUUCUCCAAUUUUGGAAGUCCUCUCCAUGAUCUUUGUUCCAACUGCUACGAAAAUGUCUUUGGAAAGGAAAGAAACAGAAUUUCAGGCUUCAAUCAGUUGCUUACGACAUCAUCAGAUGAUGAUGGAUAGUGAUAUGGAGUCUGAUGAUGCAGAGUUUCAUGAGUUGCCAAAGGUUUCAUAUAACUGCUUGCAGCAUCAUCUAAGAAAAAUUAAGUUGGUGAACUUCCAAGGAGGUGCAGAUGAAAUGAAGCUAGCCAAGUUCUUAAUUGGGAGUGCGAUAGCACUGGAGGAAAUACACAUCCAAGGUAUCGAGCAGACAUUCUGUCACCACAUGAGGGUGAAAAGAAAACUCCUAAGGUGGAUAACCAAUCCACAUACUGAAGUAACAUAUGUUUAAAAGAAGCUGGUUUUGUUAUCUUGAAAUAUUUGUUUUGAUGUAGGGUUGAGCCAAUAACCUCCUAACCAUCAAUUAAA